UACAUAUGUGGGGAGGUUUGGGAAAAUAUUUGGCAACCUAUGAACAAGUUAAAACUUUGCUAGAAAUAAAUCCAUGUGAGCAGUUUGUAGGACAGACUUCUCUGAUGUGAUAAGUUAACAAAAAGCAUAGUUUAAUUUAAAAGUGUUUGUUUUGUGUGUUAGGACCAUUGGUAAAGUUUGAAACACUUUAAAGUACCGUUACUAUGUCGACUUGUGGGGGAAAAUCUGCUCAUGGAGACACGAAAGACAAAAACGGGAAUGUUAGCAAUUCCAGAGCGUUUUGUAGCGUCUGUAAACGCAUGUACCGAGAGCCCAAACUGCUCACGUGCCUGCACACGUUUUGUUCCGACUGUAUCCGGCAGCUCGAGACGUUUUCCCCGAGUCCGGACCGGGAGCGCGUGCGCGCUCUCACCGUGCUGUGUCCCGAGUGCGACAGUGAGGUGGAGCUGCCGCGCUCCGGGGUGGACGGACUCACUACAGAUCAUCUGGCGUUGGACGACGUGUUCAUGGAGACGCUGCUGCUGCGUAAAAGCGCCGUGUGCGACCUGUGUGCAGACGCCGAGGCCGAGCAGCGCUGUGACGUCUGCAGCAUCAACCUGUGUGACUUCUGCAGCCAGGCGCACAGGAGACAAAAGAGGACCUCCAGUCAUGCCAUCCACAGCUUGGAAGAGCUGAAACGCCAGGGCCGUCUCUCCAGACCCGUGCUGUGUUCCCUGCACUCAGGUCAGGAAUUGCGUCUCUUCUGUGAGACCUGUGAUCUCACCGUGUGCAUGGAAUGUGCUGCCACGUUUCACAGGGACCAUCACUGCAGUCCCAUGCAUGAGGUCAUACAUCAGCAUGGCGACCGUAUCCGGGAGCUGGUUUCCAGAAGCCUGCGGCCUCGUCUCGUUCGUCUGGAGGAGGCACUGAGGUGCGUGGAGGUUUCUCAGGAAGCUUUGCAGUCUCGGGCAGAGGCGAUGGCGAAGGAGAUUCAUGCCUUUGCACAAGCCUACACAAGUGCUGUGGAAGCUCAUUGCCGUUCUCUUCUACACUCCCUGGAGGAUAUGCGAGUACAGAGGCGCAACCAGCUUCAACUGCAAAGGGCGCAGCUGAAGCAGGCCCUGUGUGAUAUCCGUGGCAGUGUGGACUUUGCUGAGCGUUUGCUCACAUGUGGCUCAGAGGCAGAGAUCCUCAGUGUGAAGGGAGUAACUACAAGGCGGUUAAUAAGCCUGUUGGACUCUGGGCACGACCCAAACAUGACCAGUGUUAGCCAUGACAUUGGCAGCAGUAUUUGUUUUUUACCACAGGAGCUUGCAGGGCAGGUGGAGGGAUUUCCCAUGGUCGGAGUUCUGCAGUCCAAGACUGUAGAUCCCAGCAAAUGCACCAUUCAAGGAGAAGGUGUCCAACAGUGUGUUGAGGGCCAGAAGUGUGAGUUCACACUCGUCUGCAGGGACUCUGCAGAGGAGCUGAUGGGCAAAGGGGGAGACUCCGUGUUAGUCAGCAUAAUCCACACAGAAAAGAAAGAGUGCAAAGUACAGACCACAGUGACUGAUAAUAACGAUGGGUCGUAUGCUGUUUCCUACACACCCAUGGAACACGGAUCCUACUCCGUGUGGGUGUGUGUUAAAGCACAGCAUGUUAAGGGCUCGCCUUUUGGGCUGACGGUAAAGAGAAAAUUUCAGCGCCACCACGGCAUCUUCCACUGUUGCUCCUUCUGCUCUAGUGGAGGCACUAAAGAGGCACGGUGUGGCUGUCCUGGGACCAUGCCAGGGGGGUUCCAGGGCUGUGGUCAUGGUCAUAAAGGACACCCAGGGAAGCCACACUGGUCCUGCUGUGGUAGUGUGCUUGAGAGUUCAGAGUGUGUGCGCAGCGUUGUGUCAGGCUCUCACCGUGGACAUGUCAGAACUGUGGAACUCUGAUGGAUGACUCUGAAAAGACACAAGGACAUAUCACAGCAUUAAAAUGAUGACAUGCAGUGCUUUAAAAAAACAUGAAACUGAUUUAGGUAUGAUUUCUUUCAAAUCUCACCAGCUGGCCUGUCUGUGAUACAGUUUCUCUCUGUGAAGCUGGAUUAUUCACCAAAAACUAUGAAGAUGACCGAUUUCCACUUUGUUCCAUCUAUUAUUUAAUGGCUUUUUUAUUUAAGCAUUCAGUCAGUCAAGAUGCGACUUAACGUAAAGAAUGUGCUCAAAUGAAACACGGAUUAAUAAUAAAACAAGUAAAUAUCCCCACAGCAAAUGUGAAACUUCUAUCCAACUUUAGCCUUAUAUGAUGUUUUUAUAAUGGUUUUCUAAAGCUUGAAUAUAUAUUUGAUGUUGCAUUAUUUUUAAUACUUUUACUUAAUCUCAACUCUAUAUGAACACAAUGUUUAUUACUGAUGUUAAUAAUCUAGAACAAAAGUGUUGCAUAUGUUUUUAUUAUUUGGAUUUUUUUAUUAUGUAGAUUGUUUGUGUGUGCUUGCUUGUGCUACCAAAGACGACCUGUGGUAAUCGUAAGUAGUUAUAAGUAGAAAAACUAUUUCAUUUCUAGUUUCAGAUGUGAAUAUAUGGAAUGUGUAAUAAACUAGGCUUUUAUAUAGUAAGACGUAUAUCUGGUCCAUGAAAAGAGCAGAGUGCUUUAGAAAUAUGUCUCAAGUCAAAUGUUCCCUUUGGUGUAAUCGUGGAUAUACAAAUUAAAAGUAUAAAACAUUUAA